CGAAAACCCAGGUCUCAUCGCCUGUGAGAGCCUCGUUAUCCCGGAGCGAUUGGCUAUUUCUUUGUGUUCUUGCCUUUUUUCGCGGCACACUCCCGACGCACGUCAGUUCGCUGGUGCCGCCGAGGAUGUGAUGCGUGUCUCAUGAAUUCGGCUCACUCCAUACGUACACGCGCUCUCAGCUUCGCGCGCAACAUGCGCUUCGUCCGGCCCUCGAUUUGCUGGCGAUGCGCCCAGUCUAUCUUCAUCAGUCCGGCAGCACCACGGGUGCCCUUGAGGAGCUACGCAUCGAGACCCAAGCUUGCCAAGGGUAGCUAUACAGGCUCGUCGCGUCCUGCAGCCCCGUCACACGGCACAUCCUACCCGCCAACGCCGUCGAAGGCAAAUCAAAGGCCAAAGGCUUCACCCGCAGGAAGCAGCGUGAAAGCAUGGUACGAUGAUGACCUACACAAGGACAGGCCUUGGGCGAGAACUUUCACCAUUUCCGUAAUUGCCAUAUCAGGCACGGCGUUCUUCGGACUGAUAGGAUGGUACGGUGCCCUUUACUACAACGGUCUCAAUCAGCCAGCCCCUGAAGGCGAUGAGCAGCCCAUUGACCUCACGGCUAUAUACGACGAGUACGCACCGCACUUUGAUGAAGAUGUGGACAGAACAGAGUACUGGAACGGGAUUCACACGCUGCGCAGCAGGCUCGUCAAACAGGCUCGGGGCGACGUGCUGGAGAGCGCGGCGGGCACAGGCAGGAACGCAGAGUACUACGUUUCGUCACGAAUACGGAGCCUGACGAUCGUCGACAAAAGCGCCGGCAUGCUCGCUGUGGCGGAGAAGAAGUGGCCCAUCGACCGGCGGGGCGAGGACUGGACGGGCCGCGUGCGCUUCGUGGUCGGGGACGUGGAGGAAGGCCUCUCGGCUGCGCAAUACGACACAGUCGUGCAGACGCUGGGGUUAUGCUCGACGGAUGAUCCAGAUCGCUUGAUGAGGAGCCUCGCCGGACUGGUGAAGCCUGGAGGAAAAGUGCUGCUCAUCGAGCACGGCAGGGGUUGGUUUGAGUGGUUGAACAGGAUGCUGGAUCAGUCGGCGAGGGGGCACGCGGCGAAGCACGGAUGUUGGUGGAACAGAGACAUAGGAGAGAUCGUGAAGAGGUCGGGCUUGGAGGUCGUUGAGCUGUCGAGGACGUGGAGGUCGCUGGGCACGAACUGGUACGUUGUGCUUAGGAAGCCGACGGUUUUGCCCGACGAUGCGCGGCGCGAAGCACGGCAACGCGCGAGCUGAUCGGCGAAACCGUGUCAAGCGGCAGAUAUAGACUAGCUUUCGCAAGAUCAGAUGAGUCUUUACGA